AUGCUGCAAAUACCAGAAGAAUUGAAAACCGCGUUCGGCUAUAUUGGCGCUGCAUCCACUUGUUAUCUUGCCGUACAAGUCGCCCGCCAUUUUUACUGCUACCUCCGACCCUCCAGUCUUUCGCGCUACAACCCCCCUGGAAAAGAUGCGUGGGCUUUGGUGACCGGCGCCAGCGAUGGAAUAGGUUUCGGGUUUGCCCAGGAACUCUGCAAGCGUGGAUUCAAUGUCUUCCUACACGGUCGGAACCACGACAAGUUACUACGAAAACGGGAUGAGCUGCUGGCCCAGUUCCCCAACGCAAAGAUUCGGAUCAUCGUCUUCGACGCGUUUAAAAGCUCUGAAGAUCUUAGAUGGAUUGCACAAGAGAUUGGUGACGCCUGUCUCACUGUUCUGGUCAACAAUGCUGGAGGGGGAGUGAAGCCGUUCGAGCGACUGGCCGAGCUCACACAUGAAGAUGUGCAGGCAACCAUCAGCCUUAAUUCUACUUUUACGGCGCAAAUCACGCGCAUCCUGAUGCCUAUCCUGGAGAAGAAUAGCCCGAGUCUCAUUCUAACCGUCUCUUCGGCAGCAGCCUAUGUGAUGCCGACCCUCACAGUAUACAGUGCCUCCAAGGGAUUCGUGGAAUCCUUCACCCGGUCGCUGCAAGCCGAAAUGACGCUGGACGGAAAAGACGUGGAAGUUCUCGGGCUACGAGUGGGAAAUACUAAUAGUCAAGGAAAUGAUGUGGCCGUGGGUCUAUUCAGUCCAAGCUCUCGCACCCUGGCUUCAGCGGCCUUGAAUCGUGUCGGAUGCGGCGAACCGGUUGUCUGGGCGUAUUGGCCUCACUCCCUUCAGGGUCUGAGCUUUCAUCUAAUCCCAGGCAAUAUGCUGAUUCAAAUAUUGGGGGCCCGUCUUAGAGCCUUGAAGCGGGAGGCUGAAGCGAAACGGGCGAAGAAGCGGUAG